GGGGGGGGGGGGUUCCUCCUGAGGAUGAAAGUUUGGCUUCGGAGAUGUAGGCCACCCCCGCGCCCCCUCGGAAUGGUUCGCCCCACCUCGCCCUAAGGCCGAUUGGAGGCGGGAGGGGGGCCGCUUGCGGGAAGAGCCGUCGAACGUCCGCUUGGAGUUGGUUCUCAAGGCAUUCUGUCCGUCCUGGGGAGCGGGGAGGGGGGAGUCCGGUUGGCGGAAGAGCCCUUAAAGGGAAACACUCCUCCAAGUUGGUGUGGGGCGUACAGGUGCGGCCGGAUCUCAUUACUCGUGGUCCCCAUUUUCGGCCGAAGGGGCUCGGCGGCCUCUUUGGCCCUCUUUCGGCUGGGCUGGAGGGAGCGGGGCUGCGAUGAAUGGUUUCAGCACGGAGGAAGACAGCCGGGAUGGGCCCCCCAGCGGCCCCUUCUACGGUCAGAGCUGCUGCCUCUUCGACGACGGGGACCGGUGCCUCCGCCCCGCCGGCAACGCCUCCUUCAGCAAGAGGAUCCAGAAGAGCAUCUCCCAGAAGAAGCUCAAGCUCGACAUCGACAAAAGUGUAAGACACUUGUAUAUAUGUGAUUUCCACAAGAACUUUAUUCAGAGUGUUCGAAACAAAAGGAAAAGGAAGACAAGUGAUGAUGGAGGAGACUCUCCAGAGCAUGACAUAGAUGUCCCAGAGGUUGACUUGUUUCAACUUCAGGUAAAUACUCUCCGGCGUUACAAAAGGCAUUACAAGUUGCAGACAAGGCCUGGCCUCAAUAAAGCUCAACUAGCAGAAACUGUAAGCCGUCAUUUCAGGAAUAUCCCAGUGAAUGAGAAAGAGACCCUUGCUUAUUUCAUCUACAUGGUAAAGAGUAACAAGAGUCGAUUGGAUCAUAAGUCAGAAAGCAGCAAACUGGAAUAAAAAUUAAAUAAAUUCUGAACAUGAGCAAGUGUGAUAUUAAAGGUGCAUUAUAAAUAUUUUUAAUCUGUUAAAGGACUUUUUUUGUAAUAUAAAGUGUACAAUAGAAAGUAAUAUAGAAAACUUUGGCUCACAGUGCUAGAGUAUACAAUUCCGGAUGGUGUGAGAUGACUUCUGUGCUUUCAAAUCCUAAUAUUUUACUGAGGGAUAGAGUCCACAAAAAAUCAAGUUAUUAAAGACAAAAACUGUAUAGAGGAUUGAAGUAAGCCUUUUAUGAUAUGUCACAUAUGAAAUGAAUUCAGAAUUAUAACAUUGGAUCAUAUUGUGUCCAGAGAAUAUUUAUGGCACAGAUCAGGCAUAGCACUGGAUGACUGGUACAAAAAAAUAUUAAUUUGUAGCUCACUGCUUGUGCACAAUCUGGGAUUACUUGUCUCACGUUUUCAUGGGUGCUAGUCUCUUGGUGGAGCCUUUGUGUCUUUUGGACAGUGGAGAGUUUUCAUAGAGGAAUAAGCCUCAUUUAACUUCUAAACUCUUCUAGAACCUCUGAUUCAUACAUUCAUGAGUUUCAUUGAUGAAUACUUAAGUUCUUCAGAAUAUUUUGUAAUGGUGAGCUGCUACAAUUUUGACAUGCAAUCUGUUGUUUUCCUAGAGUUUGAUAUAUACUUUUUGAUGUGUACUCACCAUGACACUAAAAAUGGCUUCAUAUAAGUUCCUGUGUGCCUUGAUUCAGAGAUGAAAUACUAGAUUAAGUCUGGUGUUAUGUGGAAGCCAUUUGAUAGUAGGUUCAACCAGAUUGUGAUGAAGUAUGUAUCCAUUAAUCAGACACUUGACAUCAAUGGCCCAUUUUAUUUUCUGAGAUAUGAGUGCAUGAUAUGGUCUGCUGUGCAUAUGCAUACAGCACCUCCAUGCUUUUCAGUGUAGGAGAUACUGCAUUGUGGUCUAAUGAUGGCCCACCAGUUUGUGGCCUACCAAGUUCGACCUUUCAUGUGGUGCUGCCCAGUUUUUGUAGUCCCGGGUGGACAUGGAUGGUAGGUUUUUGAUCUUUUUUGCAAGCUGUUAAAAACAGACUAAAUUUACUCAGGCCCAGCCUAAAAUAAAACUACUCAAACAACAGAAUUGUGAUAAUGCGUAUUUGUAGAUCCUGUUGUAUUUUAUUCACAGUGAAUAUUAAAAUGAAUAGCACCAUCACAGUCCUUAAUGUUGCUUUGAAAAAUUGUAGUCUAAGUACCACUGAAAUAAACAAAAGUAAAAGCUGUCUGGUGUCGUAUGAGAUGCUGAGAUGCCUGCUCCAAAGGUGAUUUCUCAAAUGUUAUUCUCCAGGAUUAUGUUAUGCUUUGGUGGAUUACUCUGUGGGAAGAUCCCGCUUAAGUAAAUACUGUGUGUAUUUGUUAUCUGAGGCUAUAAGGAUACACUGAAACCUCUUCACUUAUUUUUAUUUCUGACAAACAGUGUGAAAACCUACAGUCUGUCUCAGAGAUGAUGAAUUUUGUAACAGUUUAUUUUUCUGGCAAACAUGUUCAAGAAACAUUGGCUAGUGCAUACUAUUCCAGUAAAUUGGAUUAUACUUUUAAGGGUGGAUAUUUUCGGCAGGAUAUGUGCAGCUAUUCCAUCAUAGGAUAUAUACAUGUAAUGCAUCUUAUUUAAAUACUUGUAUGACAAUGUAACUAGAAAUAAUGCUAGAAUUCUUCAGAUUGUUACUUAGCAUUUUAAAAUUUGACAACUAUUACACUUCCUUCUUUAUUGAGUAAAUAGAUUGAACUAGCUAUAAAUUUAGUUAAUUUAUCUUUAUAGGUGAACCAGUCUUUUGAUUAUUUGUGGCUUCAUAAGAUUCAUCUUGUGGAGCUUGAUGCCCAUGGAAAAUUUCUCUUAAGAUUAGCACCUUAUGCCACAUGUCUAGACCAAAAACAUAAGCUUUAGAGUUUUGGGGCUUAUUUUGGCACAGAACUGCAGAGUUUCCAAAUGAAUGUACAAAAAUAUUAACAGCUCAUCUGCAGAAAAAUGCAGAGGCAGGUUCUUUCUCUUAAGAUCAGAUCAAGACUCUUUCCCCCCCCCCCCCCAAAAUGAAUGAAUUGGAGAAAAUUGUUAUAAGCAAAUCAGUAUUUUCAAAAUGAAAGGGAUCAUAAAUCUCACCAUCAGAUCUGAGGGAUUGUAGAUGUCAUGUUUUGUGAAUCUUGAUGCCUUUUAUAAACAUCUGUAUAUGCCUUAUACUCAGCUAAACCAACAAGUCUUGAGCCAAUAUCUUGGUAGCCAGGUUGGACCAUUCUCAUGGCUUAUUAUGCUAGAAACAGAUCCUGUUAACAGCAAUAUCUAUAUUCAGGGAGAAGCCUGUGGUUCUUGAACAUCUUGUUUUGAAUCACCAAAAACACCAUGAUGCAGUUGUUUAAUAUUAAUGGCAAACUAUGCUGCAUGCCAUUUAAGGAAACUUUCUAUUCCUUGUGGUUUUAAUAAAACCUUCAUCAGCAUUUUUUGAGCUUCAAAGAUAUGAAUCCUUAAGCAAUGGCUAAAAUUAGAAUAUAGUAGAACAGAGUCACAUUGACAGAGUUCAUUAAGACAAGCUGGUGGGUUGCAUUUUACCUUAAUUUUUGUCAAAUAUAAACUUUACAUGGUGUGUAAGCUGUUCAACACCUCAGCCUCAGAGUGACUCUUUCCGCACUUAGGGCUGACAAUAUCUCUAUUGAAUGAAACCUCUCAAACCAAAAGUUGUGUUAAAGCCUUCAAACCCUUCUAAGAACCCACUUGCAAGAAGAAGGGCCAUACAUUGUUUUAAUGGGCUUUGCAUCAGAGCCGAAGAUCUUACUGUGGCACAUCUUCUAUAAUGAGUUUGACUUUGUCAAAGAUGGUAGUCCUCAGUGUGUUAGUUGUUGUACUUGUAGUAGUAGCAGUAAUAGCACAAGGAUUUUUGUUCAUCCCUUGAAUUGAAUGAAUAACAGAACAAAGAGAAGGGAAAGGUGCAAUGAGAAUUACAGUAAUGAAGUGACAUGGUUAUGACGACCCAUCCGUCACCUUCCCCUGUUUACCUUCCAAAUGUGUCUUUGCGGUGUAAAUAUUGCAUAUUAAACCUCUACAUUAAAUUUUAGACACUGCCUUGCAAGGCAUGUCAUAAAUUAAGGUUCAGAAGGGACACACCUGAUGGUCUUGCAGAACACUUGAGGCACAGCGCUGAAUCUAACAAGAUUUGUUUUUUCCUUCCCAGAUUUCCCAGUAAUAUAUUUCCUGAUUAGGUGACCAAAAUAUCUUAAAGCUAAAAUAGCAAAUGGCAAGGACAGUUUUUCAGACUUACAAAAUAGAUUUAAAGAGCCAUGAACAAGGUAGAGCCCAGAAAUCUAGCUGUUGGUGACUUGUCUAAAAGAAAACUUUAAGAAAUAGUAUUUUAAAUGUUAUAAUGAGUAGAUUAGCUCAAUGGGAGAAGGAAAGGAAACCCUUGCACUUUACCUUGUAUUGAUAAAUCAUAAUGUAAAGUAUGUUGAAAUCCUUUGUUGUGGUUGGAUUCUUUGUCUUUGAAGGUGAACCUGUGCUUGGUUCAUUGGUGUCACUUCACCCUUAACGUGGGGGACUGACAAAUCUUCAGAAAAGCAUUUCAGCACUCUCAGAAUUUAAUCAAAGGCCCUUACAGCAAUGGAGCAGAGUGUCACCAAAACCACAUACAGUAGAGUCUCGCUUAUCCAACAUAAAUGGUCCAGCAGAACACUGAAUCAGUGAAAAUGUUGGAGAAUAAGGAGAGAUUAAGGAAAAGACUAUUAAAUGUCAAAUUACGUUAUGAUUUUACAAAUUAAGCACCAAAACAUCGUAUUUUACAAGUCGACAGAAAAAGCAGUUUAAUACAUGGUAACAUGUAGUAAUUACUGUAUUUACGAAUUUAGCACCAAAACAUCACAAUGUAUUGAAACAGCUGUGGAUCCGGGCAGGAGGCAGACUGUAUUGGAUAAUACAGAAUGCUGGAUGAGCGAAGGUUGGAUAAGCGAGACUGUACUGUACUUUGUUUUGUUCCUAAAUAUCUACUUUUAAAAAAUGUAAUUAGUAAUACCACAGGGUAAGCUCUGCUCUCCUAUAAAACUUGCCCAGUCUCAUUUAUUAUCAGUUACGUACUUGUAAAUGUUUGUGGAGGGGAAGGGGCUUAUGCCUUAAACUCAGAUUUUCAAUGAAAUAUAUCGAAUGAAAUAAUUUGGAAAUAAUUUUCAACAUUUCCUCUCAUCUUUCAAGCAUAGACUUAGGGAGCUUUCCUCUUAUGUUGCCUUCAUCUCUCCUGUCUUGUCUUGCGGCACACUACAAAAAGAUAAACUGACAUGUUUUGAUACCCAUUUUGAUUUGUGAAAGGCUUAGUGAGGGGAAAAAGAACAAUUUCCUUUUGCCUUUAUUCAGUCUAGUGAGUUUUUAUGUGUUGUACUGAUCUUUAUGCCAAAUGUUUUGGGUAAACUUGUAUCUUUAAUUGUGAAUUUUAACUAUGUAAACUAAAAGCAAUGUAGUAAUUUAUAGUGGAAUUAUAGAGUUCUUUUCUCUGAGGUGUAUAGUAUAUCCUUCCUUCCACUGUGUGUAACACUUAAAACUCUGUACUGUUGGAUAAAGAUGUAAUUGCUUGAGAUUCAUUUCUAAUAAAUGAUCUUUUAAGUAA